AUGCCGGGUGCAAACUGUAGAAUCUACGGUUGUAGCGUAUCAAGACGGAAGAGAUAUAAAGAUAUCAGUAUCUUCAGUGUACCUAAAAUGGAUGAUGAAUUUCAUAACAACUGGAGAGCUAAGUUUGUUGCAGCAGUUACAAAAGAUCGUGUGGUAGAUGCCAGUCUUCGAAAACAAAUUGAAAACAAAUCUAUUGGCGUGUGCGAGUUACAUUUCACUCCAGAACAAGUUAUUGUUCAUCGUUCAAGAAAGUCUUUGGUCCCUGGCUCCAUACCUACACAAAACAUGCCAAAGAAGAGUAUACCGUCAAUAAGCUCAGCAUCUACAGAGGGUCGCAUGUCAUAUGCCUCUGUCACUACAAAAAGAGAGAUGGCUGCUAACAGCAUAACACAAGAACCUCCAACAUGCUACAAAACAUUUGAUGAGCUUGUAAAAAGAAGUCUUGCUUUGAAGCUGAAUGCACAGUGGAACAUUGAUGUGCUACCUGACCAGAGCAUGUUGGUAUCACAAAGACAGGCUCAGUUUACCAUAAGCUCAUUUGAGAUACAUGUAAAUGCUGAUUUGAUCUUUACUAUCAGAGUUUUCGGGUGGCUCAUUCCACAGGAAAAUAUACUUUACAGGAAGUAUUCAAGAAGCAUGGAAAAUGUCACUUUGUCAAGCUUGAUAUCUGAGUUAGAGCACAAUUUUAUCUGUUCUGGGAUAACACAAGCAGACCUACAAACUUCACAUGCUUUCAUUCAUCAUAUUGUCCCAAUGCAAUUUGAUUACAUGUCAAGUAGCAGUACUCCGCUUUGCCAAAAAGUAUUUUAUAGGUCACCUGGUUGCUUGAUAAUUGUUAUCAAAGAUGGGGAUACAUGCACUGAAUGUUGCCAAUUGUUAAAGAAGGAAACAAAAUUGCUCAAAAGAAAGAGAGAAAACCUUGCUACCCCAGCAAAGUUGAAUGCUCCGAUUCAAUUUACUUCACCCAUGAGAGUAAAAUUAGCACUUAAGCAGCAUCGUGAUGAGAACAAACUUCUUAAAAAAGAAAUAGCAAGUCUCAAAACAGAAAUUGAAUCCAAAUCUGUUCCAGUUAGUGAUCAACUUAACACUGACAUACAAUCUAUAAUGAAGCAAGCUAGUCCCCAAUCUGUUUCACCUUUUAUGAAGCUGUUUUGGCAGGAGCAGUUAAAGUAUAUUGAUACUGCAAAGAAAGGGGUUAGAUACCACCCUAUGCUGAUCAGAUAUUGUUUAAAUCUGGCCUCAAAGUCACCAGCAGCAUAUGAUGACAUUCGUUUUAAUGAAGAAAAGGGGACAGGAUUCUUAAUCUUGCCUAGUCGUCGCCGCCUUCGAGACUACAAAAACUUUAUUCGCCCACAGCGUGGUUUCAACCAUGAAAUCAUAAAAGAGCUUUGCAAUAAAACAAAGAAUUUUUCUGAGAAAGAAAAAUAUGUGGCCAUCUCCUUUGACGAAAUGAGAAUACAGCAGGAUUUGGUUUGGGAUAAGCACACAGGGGAUCUCAUAGGAUUUGUUGACCUUGGUGACAAAGAGCUAAAUGUUGCAACACUGGAAGGAACUGAUGCUCUUGCUAACCAUGUUUUGGUCCUCAUGGUGAGAGGUCUAACCAAUCCUUUCAAAUUCAGUCUUGCAACUUUUGCAACAACAGGAUCCACUUGCUUCCAAAUGUUUCCACUUCUGUGGAAAGCGAUUAGUAUCCUUGAGCUAACUUGUGGCUUAAAGGUAGUUGCUGAAACUUGUGAUGGUGCAUCAUCUAAUCGCAAGUUGUUUAAGAUGCACAAGCUGCUAGAGCCAAAAGAACCAAAAAAGGCAGAUGUUACAUACAAAGUAAGAAAUUUGUUUAGCAGAGAACCACGCAACAUUUACUUUUUCUCUGAUGCCCCGCACCUCAUGAAAACAGCCAGAAACUGUUUUGCUAAUUCUGGUGCAGGUACUGGGACAAGAUUCAUGUGGAAUGAUGGUCACUUUAUUCUUUGGACUCACCUUACCCAGAUGUACAAUGAAGACAAAGAAUGUGGUCUUCAGCUCCUUCCAAAGCUAAAAGAAGAGCAUGUGAGACUAAAUUCUUAUUCUAUUAUGAAUGUGAGGCUUGCUGCUCAGGUUUUAAGUUCAUCAGUCGCUAAAGUGCUAUUUGCAUAUGGUCCUCCGGAAGCUGCUGGAACUGCCAAAUUUUGCUCAAUGAUGGACCAGUUCUUUGACUGCACGAAUGUGCGAAAUAAAAGAGAACAUCCAUUGAAACAGAAGGCAUUCCUGAAACCUUACACAACAACUGAUGAUAUAAGGUUUGACUGGCUCAUCAACUCCUUUCUUGUGUAUUUUGUUGAAUGGAAAAAGUCCAUCCAGGAACGCAAAGGGAGUUUCAAUGACAAGGAGAGGGCAAGUAUGUUUAUCUCCUCUCAAACUUUUGAAGGUUUGAAAAUCACAUGCCAUUCUCUGGUUGAAUGCACUCAGUACCUGCUAUGCAAUGGAGUUGAUUAUGUCCUUUCGGAGCGUUUUUCGCAAGAUGCACUUGAGAAUUACUUUGGCCAACAAAGAAGCUUAGGUAGGCGCAAAGACAACCCCACAUUGAAAGAUUUUGGAUAUAAUGACAAUUCAAUCCGGAAUCAGCUAGCAGUCACACCUAUUGCGGGGAAUGUUGGAGGUGUCAAAUAUGGCCAAAUAGCAAAUUUGAAUAAGAUUGAUGAAACACCAGUUCCUUCACGUCAGACAAAGAGGUUCAAAGAAGCUUAA